AGGGUUCUGCUAUAAAUGCCGGGGUUGAUGCUCACAGAAAGGCACAGCACGAGGUCAACUCUUCAUAAUUCCUUCCGACUCGUCAGCAAUCACUUCCGUCGCUUCAACAUGAGCUGCCCAUCGAAGAAGUGUGAAGACCUGGAGGCCAAGUUCAAGGCUCUGGACAAGGAUGGCAACAAAAGCCUGAGCAAGGCGGAGCUGAAGGCCGGACUCUCGGUCCUUGGACUCAGCGAGAAUCAACUGGACAGCUUCUACCUGGCAGCAGACAAGGACAAGGAUGGCAAGAUCAGUAGCAGCGAGUUCGUCAGAUACUUCCAGCAAAAGAAGUAAAGAACGAUCGUGGAAGCUGAAAACCAACCACACGGCCCCGUGCACACUGCAACACUCGGUCACACACCAACAGGCGCGCAGACACACACGAUGCACACUGUCACCCCGCCAACACGUGCAUACCACCAGCACGUGGCACACAGCGGCUCAACAUACACUUCCUUCACACGAAUGCAAAACAUCCCAAAAAAUGAAAGUGCUUAGCACGUAAAAUACAUCUUAUUUAUGUGUAAUAUAAUGCAAUUGACAUCCUAGAUGCAUAUUACGAUCCUCUACGACAUAUUUCAGACACACAUGCAUUUGCUAAUAACAGAAGGCACACACAAACGAUACAAAAUUAUCUCAAAAGCUGUCUGGUUUUCUCUCUUUCCUCUGGGUGUUCUGGUGAGAUGAUACGAAUGAAUUGAACUUGAAAUAAAAUUACAAUCUACCAGUG